GGUUGGCUCAACAGAGUGAGUUUUAAGACUGAAAGAUGCAUGCAUGCAAACCUCCGAUUUAUUUUGAGGAUUUACACGGGAGCAGAUGAAGAAUAAACCCGAUUCUUGUCCGACUUUAUCCUGUUUUCCCCCUUCAGGUUAAACUGUGCGUGAGAGUGCGGCGACUUCCAGAGAAUCAAGGAAAAAGCCGAGGAAACUUUGAAAAAGCAUCGAAACAAGACAGUGAAGUUACAGAUCAGAUUUUCAUUCAUCGUUCCUUUAGAAAUAACAGUGACUCGGACUGACUUUGCGUCAAUUCUGCCUUAAAUCUCAUCAGCGCAGAGAUUGACUUUCAGAGGGCAAGAUAACGGUAAUUUGGACACUCCCGUGAAUCCUGAAAUGAGUGUUAAUUUAUUUUAGUUUAAUUUACUACCAACACAUACAGGAUUCAGAAAGCCGUCGUUGUUACAGCUGCUGUAAACUAUCGGAUGGACCCCCGUCCUUUGGAUUUAUUAACCUUUUGGAGCAAAGGGGAGCCGUGCGCCCAGGCUGCCAUGACAUAACGGCACAUUUGGGAAAUCAACGGCUCUUAAUAUUUCUGGAAUGACCGGAUGAUAUUGGAGUUCAUUGUUGAGCAAAGGACUUUUACCAUUCAUUCAUUUAUUCAAGGACUGCGACUUCACUUUGCGUCUUCACUUCUUGUUUUUUUAAACUCCAACCGAGAUCUUCAUGGUGGAGGUAUGGGAUGACUGGAGGCGGGGGCGCAGCUGAGGUGAGAUCCAGGCGAAGGACAAUGGUUGCGCCCGUAGCUGGCAUCCCUCUGCUGCCGGGGCGUCUGGUACUGAUGCUGCUCCUGCUGUCCGCCUCCGGAGCGGGACUCGUCCAGGUUUGCCCUGGGCCGCUCGCCUCCACCAGCGGCUGCAGCUGCGCGGUGGAUCGCCCCAAGGCGCACGGCGCUCAGUCUGUGGGUAGACGGGUGAGCUGCAGCAAGGAGGAGCUCCUUGAACUUCCGGACUUCAGUUUGUUCCCCAACAGGACCGUCACUCUAAUACUGAGCCACAACAAAAUCCGAUUUCUAAGAAAUGGAUCCUUCAUUGGAAUUAACUCCUUGGAAAAGCUGGAUCUGAAGCACAACCUAAUCAGCACCAUCAUGCCUGGAGCUUUCCAAGGCCUAUCUGAGCUGAGGAAGCUCGACCUGUCCAACAACCGCAUUGGCUGCCUGAUUGCAGACAUGUUCCUGGGACUGACCAACCUCACUAAACUGAACCUCUCUGGCAACAUCAUCUCAACCCUGGAUCCAGGGGUGUUUAAGGAGCUGCCUUCCCUCAAACUAGUAAACUUCGACUCAGACUACCUGUCCUGUGACUGUGGGCUGCGUUGGAUGCCGAGUUUCUUUCGGAGCAGCUCCGUGCGUGUGGGAGACGAAACGCUGUGUGCCUUCCCCAGGACCUUGAGGGGAAAGCCCCUGCAAGGACUGAGAGAAAGCCAGCUAAGCUGUGAUGGUCCACUGGAACUGCACACCCUGUCACUGCUGCCAUCCCAGCGUCAGGUGGUCUUUAGAGGCGACCGGCUGCCCUUCCACUGCACUGCUGCCUUGGUGGACAAUAUCACCAACUUACACUGGCGUCACAAUGGUCAAGUAGUGACAUCUGACCCCAAAAGAGGUGUCCAGCUGGAGGAUAGUGUGAUGCAUGAUUGCACCUUCAUCACCAGUGAGCUUAUACUAUUCAACGUUCACGUGGAGGCAAGUGGAGAUUGGGAGUGUGUGGUUACUACUGGGCGGGGCAAUGCCUCUCGCACUGUUGAAAUCGUAGUGCUGGAGAACAGUGCCUCCUUCUGCCCAGAAGAUAAAAUUGUUAACAACCGUGGGGAGUUCCGGUGGCCAAGAACUCUGGCAGGCAUUACCUCCCAUCAAUACUGUCUGCAGCUUCGUUACCCCUCCUUGUCUGUGGAGGGUGUACUGGAGCAGAAAAAAGCCUCUCGAUACUGUGACCGAUCAGGAAAGUGGCACGAGGGUGACUACUCUAACUGUCAGUACACCAAUGGCAUCACACGUGUCCUGCAUACCUUUAUCUUGACACCCAUCAAUGCAUCCAAUGCCGUCACUGUGGCCCAUCAAGUGCGGACAUACACGCUAGAGGUAGCUGGUUUCACUGACUCUGUAGAUGUGCUGUAUAUUGCCCAGAUUAUGGAGAAGUUUAUGGAAUAUAUCAGACAGCUGCGAGAGUUGUCAGAAGUGAUCGUUGAUAUGGGCAGCAACCUGAUGCAGGUGGAUGACCAGAUCCUCGCUCUUGCUCAGAGAGAGAAAAGAGCAUGCAGCUCCAUUGUCUACUCUCUGGAAACGUUGGCCUGGCCUCAGUUACAUGGUCGAGCUCAAGACUUCUCAAUGGUGUCUAAGAACAUUGUGAUGGAAGCCCACCUGAUCCGACCAGCCCACUUCACUGGUAUAACCUGCACUGCAUAUUAUCACCGCGAGGUGCCAAAAGGACGCCCAGGAGUGGAGACGCCAGAGUCUGUACCUCAACAACUUCUUCAUUUCCGCUGCAGCACUGGCUCCCAUAACACCUCCCUCAACAAUUUUCCCCUGAAGAAUUCAGUAGCCCUGGCUUCUGUGACUCUUCCAGCCACUUUGUUUCCCCCGGAUGCUGCUGCGGACUGUAAGCUGCAGUUUGUGGCUUUCCGAAGUGGAAGCUUUUUUCCUGUGCUGCCAAACUCAAGCAACACUGUUGAACAAUCCCGCAGACGAAGUGUCAACACUCCUGUCAUCUUUGUGGGCCUCGACGGCUGCACCAUGUGGAACUACUCUGAUCCCAUCUUCGUGUCCCUGCGCCACUUGACCCCGGGCACCGAUGCAGUGGCAGCCCAGUGGAGCCACACAGCACCAGGAAAGGAGGGAGGCUGGAGUCAACAAGGCUGCCAGCUCGUCCACAGUGACAGCAGCACCUCAACGCUGCGAUGCUCUGUACUCGGCAACUAUGCAGUGCUGCAGGAAGUACCCACCUUCCCCAACUCCAGCUCUGUCUCUGUGAGGGUGCUCCACCCUGUGGUCUACGCAUGCACUGCAGUGCUGCUUCUCUGCCUCUUCACCAUCAUCAUUACACACAUACUACACCACAGUUCAAUACAGAUAUCAAGAAAACGUUGGCACACCCUGCUGAAUACCUGCUUCCACAUCGCCAUGACCUCAGCUAUCUAUGCAGGAGGCAUAAGUCUAACCAGCUAUCCUCUGGUCUGUCAGGCAGUGGGUAUUGCUCUUCACUACUCCUCACUGUCAACACUGCUGUGGAUCGGGGUCAGCACCAGGGUCAUUUACAAAGAGGCUGUGUGGAGAACACCCCGACAGACGGAGGGAGAGUCUUCCCCUCCACCUACUCAGCGACCUAUGCUCAGGUUCUAUUUAAUAGCUGAUGGAGUUCCUCUCAUCAUUUGUGGAAUCACUGCAGCAGUCAACGUCAACAACUAUGGAGAUAAUAGCCCUUACUGCUGGCUGAUCUGGCGCUCAAGUCUAGGAUCUUUCUUUGUCCCUGCUGGUUUAGUGGUGUUGGUGACCUGGAUUUAUUUCCUCUGCGUUGUGCUUCGCUUGAGGCACCGUGUGUCCAAAGAAUGCACAGGAACCACCCUGUCCUCUUCUGGAACAGAAGGCCAUCCUGCACUGGCAGGAAGCACGAGCCUGCUCUCCACGGACUCAGCGGGGAGACCUAUAACCCCAGCCGUGCCUCCAGAGGAUCAGUACUCACUGAAGACACAGUUCUAUGUGCUGGUAGCCACCCACUUCCUUUUUGCGGCUCUUUGGUGUUGUGGAGCUAUGGCAGUGUGGCUAACAGGACACACAAGCUUGCUGUUCAGCUGUCUCUAUGGCAUAGUCGCCACAGUUUUAGGGGUGUUUCUGGUGGUGCACCACUGCUUUCGACGCCGUGACGUGCAGGCAUCGUGGCUGGGUUGCUGCCCAGGCUAUCGUCGCUCCCAUCCCAUGUCCACCUACACAAACACUUGCACCACCGGAAGUGGAGUGCAGACAUCCGAGCAAGGAUCCCAGCUUUUCAUCAACUGCCAUCAACCCGCUGACUCUAACAACUCGUCCUCAGCCAGGUCAUCAUCCACACCAAGUGGGAUCAGCAGCAUAGGACCUGGGCCGUGCAAGCUCACAAACUUGUUGCAGGUGGCACAGGACAAUCCAAGCAACACUUCACGUGUUCCUACCAGCAAUAACACCAGCACUAGUACAGACAACAUCACAAAGCCAACAAACAAUAUUCUUCCCUCCAUAAACUCUUCAGCCCCAGUACAUCCCCAGAGAAGAAAAGUCACUAGCAGAACUAAACAAGGGAGUAGUCAGCAAUAUCAUCGGGGUGAGGUCAGAAGCCACUACCGCCUGAAAGCUCUGAGGACAGCUGGAGGGGGUGGCAGUCUUGGAGCUUUAGGGCCGACAGGAUCGGAGCACCUUAAUUCAUCGCAUGUUGUUUACAAGCAGGCCACAAGCGAGAAUGGCAGCAUCCACCACAGUCUCUCAGAGAACCAGGCCAGCCUGCUGACAAACGGAAAGCGGGUGGGCGAGUCGGCAGCCACCAGCCCCUCUGAGUGGAGUGAUGGAGGCAGCAGCGGGAGCCGCAAACCCUUCCCUCUGCCGCCCUCUGCUGCCAGCAGAGUGGCUAUGCACAGCACUCAGAGACGAUGCUCCAGCAGAGACAAUUUGAAAGUGGCAGCUUCUGCAGAACGAGAAACGAAACGCUCCUCCUAUCCUUUGAACUGUGUUGCCACCACCGUGUCGGGGGGUGCUGCCCUAAAUGGCACCCUGAAAACCUCGGUGCUCGCGCUUGACCAGGACAUGAGCGGAACAGAUCAAUCCCAGAGUUCUGUUGGAAUGAAGACUGGUUUGUGGAAAAGUGAAACCACAGUAUAAAUUUGGGUGAACUUCUAUACAUGACCUUAAUGAAAUGACUGGGUUUGACGUUUUCUUAACAAUUAUAUAAUUUAAGGUAUAAUAUCACAAAGGCAUCCAGGACCCUAAACUGGUACUUUUGCCUCUGUAACAUUGUAAGGUUGAUGUGAAAUAUUAAGGCAGUUUCUGUUAUUGUCAUGUUCAAAGCAUACGCAUUUAUUUUAAUCACUUUACAAAAAAAUGUGUACAAGAUAUUUUUAAUUUGGCAUAUGAUGUUGUAUUUGGAUGCCUAAUAAAAGCUUUAUUGUUUUGGUUGUAAAUUUCCUAUGCAUAAGAACUAUAGCAUAAAAUGGAGUGCAAGCCGCCUUUUUCCAAAGCACAUCUAUAUGCAUUUAACGUGAAGGCAACCUUUGACACUUAUGUUAUUGCCUGUGCUCAUGUAUGCACUUGUAUGUUUGCAGUUGUCGUGUGUAUGUGUGGUGUGUGCAUAUGUGCACACAUAUUAAGAGAACUGCGUAUGAAUGAGUGUUGCUGUACAAUCUCAGAGUGAAUUAAAAAUGUGGGACAUUUGACAAUAGUAGAUUUAAUCAGUUUUCUCUUUUUUGCUGAAAAAUGUUGCCUUAUUUAUGAUAUGAGAACAGAACAAACAUACGGAGCCUUACAAAAGUAUUCCUACUCCUUUAAACGUUUUCAGAUUGUGUCACAUUCCAACCAUAAACCUCAGUAUUUUAAUCAUAUUUUUAUAUGAUAGACCAACGCAGAGUAAUGCAUAAUUAUAAAAUAAAAGGAAGGAUACCCAUAGUUUUUAAGUUGUUUACAAAUGAACAAAAUCCGAUGUAAUCAACGUCCUUGAGAAGUCAUGUAAUUAGGUAACUUAGUUCCAUUGCGUUUAAUUUCAUUUCAGCAUAUGCCCGGCUGUUCUGUGAGGGCCUGAAUGAUUUGUAGGAGAACAUUAGUGAACAAAUGGAACCAUGAAGACCUAGGAAUACAGCAGACGGGUCAGGGAUAAAGUUGCAGAGAAGUUUAAAGGAGGUUUAGGUUAUAAAACGAUAUCUCAAGUUUUGGACAUCUCACAGAGCUCUGUUCAAUCCAUCAUCUGAAAAUGCAAAAAAUAUGGCACUUCUGGAAACCUUCCAAGGCACGGCAGUUCACCUAAACUGGCAACCCGGGCAGGGUUAAUCAGAGAAUCAGCCAAGAGGCACAUGGGAACUCUGGAGGAGCUGCAGAAAUACACAGCUAAUGUGGGAGCUGUAGAACUCAGCAGCUACCCUGUUGACAAGAUUUCUAUUAGCUGGGUACUCAACAAAUCUGGUCUUUUUGGAACAGAUGUGAGAAAAAAAGUCUCCUUUCAAAGAAAGCCAUACAAAGUCCUGUUUUAGGAUUGCUACAAGCAAUGCAUAGAACACUGCAAACGUGCAAAAAGGUGCUUGAAAUGCAACUUUUUGGGAUAUAUAAAAAAUUAUGUUUUUGUUGGUCAACUAACACUGCAUAUCACCCUAAACAUACCAUCCCCAGGUAAUAUAUGGUGGUGGCAGUAUUAUGCUUUGGGGUUGCUUUUUGUUCAGAGGGGAGACGUAUGGAAAGCCAGAUGGGACAGGGGCCUGUAUAGGACAGAUGUAAGUACACAACAUGUUAGAGGCUUCAAAAGACUAGACAGGGGCACAGGCUCCCCUUCCAGCAGAAUCACAACCAUAAACAUAACCAGAGCUACAAUGGAAUGAUAUAAAUUUAAAGCAUUUCAAUUUGUUAGGAGGGCUUAGUCAAAUUUCAGACCGAAAUCAAAUGUUUAAUCUGUGAAAAGAUUUGAAAGUUGAUGGUCAUAACACUAUUAGUCGAAUCUGACUAGCUGUAAGAGCUUAGAAGAGAUAGCUUACAGAGAAGAAAAGGCAAAGAUUUUUAAUUUUAGAUAGAAACAUACCCCAAAACUGCAGCAAGUGGUACUGCUACAAACUAUUGACUCAAUGGCUGAAUACAAACGCCACACAUUUCAGAUUUUUGUUUGUGAAAAAUGUUAUAUUUUUUGUCCACUUCACAAUUAUGUGGGACUUUGUGUUGGUCUAUCAGAUAAAAUUCUAAUUAUGUUAAGGUUUGAGGUUGUGAUAUGACAAAAUGUUCAAGGGUUAUGAAUACACAAGGCACUGUGAGGGGUAAAAAAGAUUAUUCUGAAAUGUACUGACUACUUUUACUUCAAACAAAGAUUUUUUUCCAAUCAAAUACUGAAAUGACUGCUCUGAUAACAGCAAAUUCAUUGAGACUGAAAAUUUUCCAAACGCAUAAAACUUACUUUACUUCAAAAA